UGACACGUUGGCACGCACAUUUGUACACCAAACCGCUGCGUGUGUGUGUGUGGUAACUGGGUGUAUAUAUAGCGUUCGACGCUGACCACCGAACGCCGCCGCCCAGACCACCGGCGUCCGUGUGACCUUGCCACCAUGCUCGCGAGGGCUCCCCCGCGGUCGUGCCCCGGCGCCGGCGCCGGCGACGUCGUCGUUCGGUGCCGCCGCGAGGCCGCGCCGAGCAGGACGCCGUGGGCGGUGCCCGGUGGCCACCGACGAGCUGGCGCCAAGCUCGUCGCGGCGGCGGCCGCCGGGGAGAGGAGGACGGCGGCGGGGCAGGAGCCGGUGGCCGCGGCGGCGCCGGCGGACGGGACGAGGCUCGCCAAUGGGUCGGCCGUCGCAGGUAUAAGCAAGCUUGUGACCUCAACCGUUGGGAAAUCGACAAAUAUCCUGUGGCAUGACUGUCCCAUAGGGCAGACAGAGAGGCAAAAGUUGAUGAACCAGAAGGGUUGUGUCGUGUGGAUCACUGGACUAAGUGGUUCAGGAAAGAGCACGCUCGCAUGCGCGCUGAGCCGGGAGUUGCACUCCAGAGGUCAUCUGACAUAUGUUCUUGAUGGGGACAACCUAAGGCAUGGGUUGAACCGGGACCUCAGCUUCAAAGCAGAGGACCGUGCUGAAAACAUACGCAGAGUAGGAGAAGUAGCAAAGCUAUUCGCAGAUGCUGGCCUAAUCUGCAUUGCUAGCUUGAUAUCACCUUACAGAAGUGAUCGAAGCGCAUGUCGAAAUUUACUGCCCAAGUCUUCAUUCAUAGAGGUAUUUUUGAAUGCCCCAAUUGAGGUGUGUGAAGCGAGGGAUCCAAAAGGCUUGUAUAAGCUUGCCCGUGCUGGCAAAAUCAAAGGUUUUACUGGAAUUGAUGAUCCUUAUGAACCACCAUCUGAUUGUGAGAUAGUGAUACAGUGCAAAAUUGGGGAUUGCCCUUCACCAAAAUCAAUGGCUGAUCAAGUGGUGUCAUAUCUCGAAGUGAAUGGAUUCUUACACGAGUAGCGGUCGAUGUUUGUGAUGCAUUUUCAGAAGCACGGGAUUGCCAAUGCUAGAUAUCUAUGUCCUUGCUGAUGAUGUAUCACACCUCAGAUCAUUUGGUUGACAAAAAUUGCUAGCAACUUGUCUGUGUGCAUGGGUAAAGUUGUUUCUCCUGCAUGUUUUAGAUAGUGCAUACCUUAUGGCUGACUGUGGUGGAACAUGUUUAUAUAUGUUAGAUGCAGCAGUGUAAAAUGUAAAUGUGCAUUGUUCUGAUGAUAAUUGCAUUUGACUGUUUGUCACAAAACAACAAA